AUGGCCGCAUCUAUUCUGGAGGUAGGGAAUCUAAUUGAAGAAGCACGCUAUGGCUCCAGUCCUCUGGCUAUGCUAACUGCAACCUGUAACAAGUUCGGCAGCACCAGCCCAGUCAGGGACUCUGCGACACCCGGUAAGAACAGCAGCACCACGCCACUUAAGAAGCCCUACAACAUGACCUCCGACCUUCAGACAGCCAAGAACGCUCGCACCGCAGACGGCAGCGGCCUGGCGGACUCCUAUAGCGGCUCCUUCACCACAGCUGGAGGCGGCGGACUGCUCACUCCGACUGGAAGCCCCCCUCCCACCACCGGAGGCUACACUACAGAAUAUAACCCCUUCUCCCACUCCUUCCAGACAUCCGUCUCCCAGGAUCAGUCCUUGUUAGUGUCCAAAAGCCACGCCACGGCGGACUGUCUCACCAGUGUCUAUACCUCGCUAGAUAUGACACACCCUUAUGGCUCAUGGUACAAAGCCGGCAUCCAUCCAGGGAUCACCGCCGCCCCUGCUAAUGCCACGUCUUCUUGGUGGGACGUCCAUCCCAACUCCAACUGGCUGUCAGCGACCCAGCCUCAAUCGGACGGCGGUCUCCAAGCUUCGCUUCAGCCGGUGGCGCCUCAGGCUUCCCUUAGCCCACAGUUGCCCAGCUACAGCACCGAUUUCACCCCCUUAAACCCAGCUCCCUACCCUUCGGUGGGUCUGGGCUCCUCCUCACACCUCCUCCAGCCCUCCCAGCACAUGCUGCCCCAGGACAUGUACAAGCCCAAGCCUGUGCAAGGCGCGGGGUUAAUUGAGAGUCCCAUGGGGUUAAAGCCAGCGAGGGGAUCAGGGGGCUACAGUGCAGGUUCGACGCCCUCAAGGUCCUCCUGCGACUGUCCCAACUGCCAGGAGCUGGAGAGACUGGGGGCGUCGGCCGCGUCUCUGAGGAAGAAGCCGGUCCACAGCUGCCACAUCCCGGGUUGUGGGAAAGUCUACGGCAAGGCCUCCCACCUGAAGGCCCACCUGCGCUGGCACACGGGUGAGAGGCCCUUUGUGUGCAACUGGCUCUUCUGCGGGAAGCGCUUCACCCGCUCAGACGAACUGGAGAGACACGUGCGCACCCACACGCGGGAGAAGAAGUUCACCUGCCUCCUGUGUAACAAACGCUUCACCCGCAGCGACCACCUCUCCAAACACCAGAAGACCCACGCAGACUCCGCGCUGCAGGGGAAAACCGUGACCGCGGAGGGAGACGCCGACCACCGGAACGAGGAGACGACGGAGCUCAAUGUCGGCGCCGGCAAUCCCGUCACUGACCCAAUCGCCAAUGGAGACGAGAAGACGGGGGCGCCCGCCGGGGUGGAAAACAGCAGCGGACUCUUGGAGAUCUGA